AUGAAUUGCCCAAACAACAUUCAGAAAGACAAAGCACAGCUCUCAUUGUCAAAAGCCUUGGCGGCAUAUGGCGAGUUGAUGAGGGUCCAUCGACCUCUUGGAUUCUAUCUCAAUACUUCUCCUUAUCUUGUGGGCGUCGCAUUCGCGGCCUCGGUCUCACCCACCCGAAUCCCACUGAAUAUUAUUGCGCAUCGCACCGCACUUCUUUCCGCUUGGUCUUUCUUCCUUCGCUGUGGUGGAUGUGUUUGGAACGACCUGAUCGAUUCAGACUUGGAUAGCCAGGUUUCGCGAACAAGAUCACGGCCCAUCCCUCGGGGAGCGGUAUCAAAAGCCCAUGCCGCUUUGCUGACCUUCAUCAUUUUCGCGUGUGGAGGCUACACGGUCACCUCUUUACCGCGCCCUUGCCUACUCGAUGCUUCUAUUAUUACAUUCUUUGCUUUGCUAUAUCCUUUCGGCAAGCGAUUUACCGAUUACCCACAAUUGACCCUGGCCAAUAUCGGUUGGGCGGUUCCUAUGGCCAUGCACAGUCUUGGCCUGGAACCCCUCACUCAGCUUCUCCCCACUGUGUGCAUGUAUAUGUUCAUCGCAACAUCGAUCAUUAUGAUUGACGUGAUCUACGCGAGGCAGGAUACUGAAGAUGACACCAAAGCUGGCGUGAGAAGCAUGGCUGUGCGAUUUCGGAAUAGCAUCAAUACUGUUGCAUAUUCUCUUCUAUAUGCUUCUACCGCUUUUCUUGCGACCGCAGGGGCUUUGGCUGGGCUGGACUUGCCUUUCUUCAUUUUAUCUGUUGGAGGCCAUUUUAUCAGCUUCUCAAUUCUGCUACAAGCAACCCGAUUUGGAAAGUCCUCAAAGGUGGAGGCUCAUACAAAAUCACCCUUCUUCCUUGCCACCGUGUUUUGGGUACUUGGAUUCGUCGCCGAGAACUGUAUCAACGACUAG